UCCAUUCACAGUUCUGGACUGCGUUCUUGCUUAUUGCUAGUUCUCUGCCUUGCCUGCUUAGCUUGCACCAGGCGUGAUUGAUUAUGGCGGUGUAGAGUACCACAGCACCGCUUUGCUGCAGACUGUCCGUCUUAAUUCGCAAUCUUAUUUAUUAGAGCAAUCCGGAUUCAUGUCAGGAGCCAUUGUGCCAUCCGCCGGCCAGGAGCAGCGCCGGCCGUGCGACGUGGCGGCGUUUCAGCGGAGCAACGUGCACAUCCUGCUGUCCGAUAAGGACACGGAGUCGCGCCAGAAUGUUCUCGAGCUGCUUCGCCGCUGUUCGUACCAAGUGACGGCCGUCGAGAACGCACGACUGGCGCUGCAGCUGCUGCGGUCGUCGAGCGACACGAUAGAUUUGAUUCUGGCGGAGGUGGAGCUGCCCAACGGCAAGGGGUACAAGAUGCUCAAAAUCAUCAUGCGCGAGGAACGCCUCAAGAAGAUCCCCAUCGUCAUGAUGUCGACGCGCGACGAGAUGGCGAUCGUGGUAAAGUGUCUGCGCCUGGGCGCGGCGGACUUCCUCGUCAAGCCGCUGCGCACCAACGAGCUCCUCAACCUCUGGACGCACAUGUGGCGCCGCCGACGAUCCGUGGGCCUGGGCGAGCCUGCACGGCCAAUGGUCCCGCUGAGCGCGAGCGACUUAUCGCACGACUUCGUGUUCGUGGACACGAGCGAGUCCAACACGGGCACCGGCAGCACGGACCUGUUCUCCGAGGAGACGGAUGAUAAGCGGCGCAGCAGCGUGCAGCAGCAGCACCUGCAGCAGCAGCUGGCGGAGCAGCAGGAGCAGCAGCAGCAGCUGCACGAGCUGGAGCAGCAGAACCAGCAGCAGCAGCAGCAGCAGCAGCAGGAGAAGGUGCAGAAGCGGCAGCUGCUGCUGCUUCAGGAGCAGCAGGGGCAGCGGCAGGAGGCGGUUGAAGAGGAGAGGAGGCAGGAGCGGCAGAGGAAGGAGAAAGGGGCAGAAAGGGACGACACGUGGCGGAACAGGGGUGCACAGGGAGUGGAGGGGGAGAGGCAGGGGGAGGGGGAGGAGGAGAUGUUACAGCGGGAGGAGCGAGAGCAAGAGGAGGCAGAGGAGGGCCGGCAGCAGCGACGGGAGCUGAUUCUGCUGGAGAAGCGAGAGGCGGGCGGGGCAGGAGGGCAAGACGGGGAGGAGGCGGAGGAAAGGGAGGACGACGAACAGCCGUUGAAGAGGCGGCAGAAGAGGAUGGAAGGCGGAGCAGUGGAGGCGGGAGGAGCGCACAAGAGGAGGAGGAUUCCGUGCGCCGAGGACGGAGAGGAGCUUCCGCGCCACCAACAGGUACGCACCUGUUGCGCUGCUAUUGGCGUGCGUACUCUUCUAUUUCCUUCUCCCCGCUUCCCCUUUUCCUUCCGCACCACCCCACCGACCCUGCUCUCUCCCUCUACCUUUCCCCUCACUCCGCUAUCUCUCGCUCACCCCUCGUUUCGCAUCCCCCCUUUUCUCCCCUUCUCUCGUUUCCGCCACCCUCCCCAGCAGCCAAUGCCUGCGCUCGAGCUCUCGCUCAUGCUGCCACGUGUCGGCCUCCCAUUGGACCCGCCUUUCCCGUCUGCUCGCCGUCUACCCCCUGACCGACCCCCUCUCGUGGCCCCAGCGCCUGCUCUUCCGUCCCCAGCGGCGUUUACGCUCAAGGCGUCCAGCCCUCUUCUCGGUGCUGCCGUGUCCCCUGCCAUGCCCCCUGCUCCCGCCACUCUCUUUGCGCUCUGCACCUCUGCCAUGGCAACUGUGUCAUCGGCAACACCGCCCGUACCACAUGCCGCUGCUGGUGCUGCUAGUGCUGCUGGUGCUGCUAGUGCUGCUGGUGCUGCUGCCGCUGCUGCUGAUAGUGCUGCUGGUGCUGCUAGUGCUGCUGGUGCUGCUGCCGCUGCUGCUGAUAGUGCUGCUGGUGAUGCCUCAACUGCAGCAGCCGGCCUCUCUUUAUCGCCGUCCAACCCAUUCAGCACUCACCCUGCGGCCCUCGCCGCACCCUAUCACAUGCUGCUGCGCCGAGCAGUUUCCCACGAGCCCUCCUCCGCUCCUCUCUUCCCCGCCUCCCUCCCGUACUCCUCGCCUAACGUGUCUCCCUUCCAAUCCUCUCCUCCCGGCCAUCCAUCCCAUCUGCUGGGCUCUGCUCCUCCCACCACUCGUCCUGCACUGGCAAGUCCCCCUCUGCCUUCCCGCCUCGCGCCCUUCCUCCCCUCUGCGCUGUCCGCGCCCGCACUCGCCUCCGUGCCCGCCCUCCCCACGCGCACCAUCAGCCAGCCAGUCAUGCCGUCCGCUUCGCUCCUCCGCCCUCCCGCACGCCGCCAAUCCCAAAGCCCGCCCGUCCCCUCGUCCCCCGCUUUCGCGCCUGUUUCCACUACCGUUGCACCUGCGCCUGCAUUCACCGCCCUGGCGUCCGGUGCUUCCGCUGCUCCUGCUGUGGGCUCGCCGCCCCUGAGGGGGUCGCCUGUCCGAAGGGCAUCGCCAGCACCGCUCGUCCCGAGGGCAAAUGCCGCCCUGAAACGGCCAGCUGGCGAGGCGGUGACAGGGCGGGAGAGGGCGGGGAGUGAGGCGAGGAGGCAGCAGCAGCAGCAGCAGCAGCAGCAGCAGCAGCAGCAGCAGGGCAGUGAGCAAGCGAGGAGGAGGAGUCCUGCGGUUGGCAGGCAGGGAGUGGGCAGCACCCCGUCGCCGUCCAGCAGCAAGACACCGGCGCCAAUGGCCCCUCUCGCAGCACCCAGGGCGAGUGGCAGCCCACGGGGGCUGCAGCAUCCAAGGGAUGCGGCAACAAGUGUACGAGGGAGGGACUGCUCAGCGGGAGGAGAGGGCAGAACGAGGGGGGAUAGAGUGGAGGGAGUGGAGGGCAGUGAAAGAAUGAAGACUCGGGAAGAAACGAGGGGCAUGGCCCAGGGCAUGCUUCAAGGCAUGGCACGGGACGGCAGUGGGGCAGAGGCGAACGUGAGUGGCGGCAGCAGCGGCACCCUGGUGGCGGGGCACAGCGCGGCCUUCUGGAACCACAUGAUCGACCGCAGCGGGCUCCGCGGCUACCUCCCACACUCCCCGCCCACCCCCCCUGCUUCCGCACCUAGCCUACCUGCUUCGGCACCGAGCCUGCGUGGUGGAUCGCCGAGCCUGCGUGGCGGUGCGGGGAGCUUGGCCGGGUAUAAGAGGCAGGUGUCAGGAGUGCGCUUGGAGCAGGGCUCUGGGCAAGGUGCUAAGUCGCCCUCCCCUGCGCCCUCUCUUGCUUCGGUUCCCUCUGCCACGGCUGCCCCGUGUGCCUCAACUGCUGCCGCUGCCGCUGCUGCAGCUGCUACCAGCAGUGCGGCUGGUGCCGCCAGUGCUGUGGAUCCCGUCAGGGCACAGCGCCAGGGAGUUCCGGCUCCCCUGCCUCCCACCACCCUCCCUCCGGCGGCGCUGCGUGAUCGCUCUCCCUACUCUGCGGCUCACCAUCCUCACACCCACUCGUCAGACCUCUUUGCCGCCCAACACGUCACUCAACCCCAGACCCCUGCAGACCGUUACUUUGCCGCCCAGCAUCAGCAGCAGCAGCACCACCAGCAGCAGCAGCAACAGCAACAGUUUCUGCAUCAGCAGCAGAUGCAGCCUGAUUUCCACUCGCCACCUGCCGUUCCAUCUCUCCCCCUCCACUCAAACGUUGCAGUCGCCGCUGCUGCUGCCGCCGCCGCUGCCGCUGCGUCGGGCCUCCCACCCCAACAUCCCAUCGUUCAGUCUCUCGCGGCCGCAGCAGCUGGUAACGCCAUGCACCAAAUGCAACAGCAGCAACAGCAGCAGCAGCAACAGCAGCUGCAUCAGCAGCAGAUGAACCAGCAGCAGCAGCAGCAGCAAUACCCCCCUUCUCACCACUCACACGCUCUUGCAGCUGCAGCGGCUACAUUCGCCCAUCUACCCCCGGAAGCAGCAGCAGCAGCAGCAGCGGCCUUUUCUCGCCUCCCUCCUGAGGCACUUGCAGCCGCAGCAGCAGCUGCUGCUGCUGGGUCAUCCAGCCACGCCCAUGCCACACUCCCUCCUCCCCCCUCUGCCAACCCCUUUUCCUUCCUCUCGUCUCUCGCUGCUUCUGCUGCUGCUCCUGCCGUUGCCCCAUCCUUGCCUUUCCCAGGCAUGUCAGGGGCAGCACAGUUCCUAGCACCGGGAGCAGCCGCCGCGGCAGCUGCCGCAGCAGCAGCAGGGGGGAGUGGCAUGGGUGCGUUCAACCCUGCCUUCCCCUUGGCAUCCUGGCCCGACCCCUCUGCUGCCGGCAUGCUUUUCAACCCUGCCUCUGCUGCUGCCUCUGCUACCGCUGGGGCGGGGGGGGUGAUGGAGAGGCGGAUGGAGGGGAAUGAGAGGCGGGAGGCGGCGCUGAACAAGUUCAGGCAGAAGAGGAAAGACCGGUGCUUUGAGAAGAAGAUCCGGUAUGUGAGCCGCAAGAGACUGGCGGAGAUGCGGCCGCGCGUGAAGGGGCAGUUUGUGAGGAAGAAGACAGUGGGCAAGGGGAAUGCGGGGCAGCAGGAGAGUGAGGAUGAGGACGAGGAGGACGAGGAGGAGGAGGAAGAGGAGGACGAAGGGAACGAGUAGGUGCUUGUUGGGGAUCCUGGAAUGCCCCAGCUGUGCCAUAAAGUGUGGUUUGCAGCAUGCCGCUGACACAACGUGUGACACCUCCCUUAGUCAUGCACACCCCCCACCUCUGUCUCCCCCCAUAUCCCCUCCGUCGUCUGCAACCUGCCACUGGUGUUGUGGGGUCCACGUGUUGUGUUUUUUGCUCCCGUGAGUUGCUCUCGUGGGUUGCUCUUUAUGACUUCAGGGUUACUCUAUUAGGCAAACUACACUAGGCUAAUCAUGUGGCCUUGGCUUGAGUAGCUUGGCCUCCUUAUUUACUUACAGUACAUAACAAUGUUGGACAAUGUACACUGCGAAUAUUUGACUCGGA